CGGCUGGCCGCCAGUCAACAACAGAAAAAAAAAAAAAAAAGAAAAGAAAAGAAAAAGAAAAGACCACUCUGGCGGUCUGGCCUGUCGGUACCUAUCUAGUCAUGAUGUCGACUGUAGAUUCUAGAUUGGCACGGAUUAAGGAGUAUAGAAUAGAUAUCUAAAUCGCUUAUCUACAAUGAUAAUAAGAGUGAGUAGUGCUCAUCAUCAUCUUCACCCCCAGUAUCGUAUUUCUUAUCGACACUCCUGCCCAGCCCAGCCCAUCAAGCUACCUAAUCGUCCGGACCGGGUGACUGCAGCACCCGCAUUCGAUCGGACUGGGAGGGGGGGGUUGUCAGGUCGAUUGCAUCAUGAGCCUGGGAUGCUGGAUUGGAUGGCUGGGACUGGGACGGCCAAACCCGGCGAGGAAUGUCUGCCAUUCGUGUCCCGUCCACGCUUCCGGCCGAACAUGAACGAACAUACCAACCAGACCAGACCUGAUGGAUGGAUGGUUGACCGUUCGUUAGUCAUGACAAUGACAUACCAACGACUCUCGCCUAAAGAAACCAAACGAGUAACUCCGGGGUUGGGUUCGAUGACGGGGUGGAAUGUCCGGGGAAUGGUACCGUCACGUGUCUGGCCCCAUGGCUAUGGGCCAUGAGGUGAGUUGUGUGGACUGUGGAGUGUGAACUACCGGUAGGGGAAGU